GUCCGGCGGCCGCGCCGAGCCGGGUGCCGGGGCAGCGGCCGCGGGGGCUCCUUCUGCAGGCACCGGGGGCAAACGGAGGGAGCUGGCGUGGCGGCGACGGGGUGCGAGGCUGCAAACUGCCCCAGAAGUUUUGCUGGCAGAGACGUUCUCCCCGUUGGCAAAAGUCUUCCGGCUCCCCUCGGAGGAUACCGCGGUGCUUACGAUGAGUGGCUGUAGGAAGCGGUGUAAGCGUGAAAUACUGAAAUUUGCCCAGUACCUUCUCAGGCUAAUCACAGGUUCUCUUCACACAGACACUGUAGAAGAUGAAAUGGAAAUGGCCACAGUACGACAUAGACCUGAAGCUCUUGAACUGCUGGAAGCACAGAGUAAAUUCACAAAGAAGGAACUUCAGAUCUUAUAUAGAGGUUUCAAGAAUGAAUGCCCCAGUGGUGUUGUCAAUGAAGAAACUUUCAAAGAGAUUUACUCUCAGUUCUUUCCACAGGGAGAUUCCACCACUUAUGCACAUUUUCUGUUUAAUGCAUUUGACACUGAUCACAAUGGAUCUGUAAGUUUUGAGGAUUUUGUUAUGGGUCUCUCAAUCUUACUCCGAGGGACAGUACAGGAGAAACUGAACUGGGCUUUCAAUCUGUAUGACAUAAAUAAGGAUGGAUAUAUAACUAAAGAGGAAAUGCUUGAUAUCAUGAAAGCAAUAUAUGAUAUGAUGGGGAAAUGCACCUACCCUGUUCUCAAAGAGGAUGCACCUAGACAACACGUGGAAACAUUUUUCCAGAAAAUGGACAAAAACAAAGAUGGAGUAGUUACCAUAGAUGAAUUCAUCGAGAGCUGCCAGAAAGAUGAGAAUAUAAUGCGAUCCAUGCAGCUCUUUGAAAAUGUGAUUUGAUGAAGACAUUAGGUCUACAGCUAAUGGACAAAUAUGAGCUAUUCUGCAACAUGAUCUAAAAGAU